GCCUCAGACCUGCCGGUGGGGAGGAAUGGCCGCGCCUCAGCCCGGGGGGGGCCGAGCCCCGGCCGCUGCCGCCGCCCCUGCGGGCCGGGUAAAGUUGACCCACCCGGGGAAGGCCAUCCUGGCAGGUGGCAUCGCCGGAGGCAUCGAGAUCUGCAUCACUUUCCCUACAGAAUAUGUCAAAACACAGCUGCAACUGGACGAAAGGGCCAACCCUCCUCGGUACAGAGGCAUCGGUCACUGCGUGAGGCUGACUGUACAGGAUCACGGCUUUCGAGGGCUGUACCGGGGCCUCAGCUCUCUGCUGUAUGGAUCCAUUCCAAAGUCUGCAGUCAGGUUUGGGGUCUUUGAAUUUCUCAGCAGUUAUGCCAAGGACUCAAAUGGAAAACUGGACAGCAAGAAGAGUUUAUUCUGUGGCCUUGGAGCAGGCGUGGCGGAGGCGGUGGUGGUGGUCUGUCCCAUGGAGACCAUCAAGGUGAAGUUCAUCCACGAUCAAGGCUCCCCCAACCCCAAGUACCGAGGUUUUUUCCACGGGGUGCGUGAAAUUGUGCAGGAACAAGGUCUGCGUGGGACGUAUCAGGGACUCACGGCCACUGUCCUCAAACAGGGCUCCAACCAGGCCAUCCGGUUCUUCGUGAUGACCUCUUUCCGUAACUGGUAUCUAGGGGACAAUCCCCACAAGGAGAUGAAUCCGUUUGUCACGGCUGCGUUCGGGGCAACUGCAGGCGCCGCCAGCGUCUUUGGCAACACUCCGCUGGAUGUCAUAAAAACCAGGAUGCAGGGAUUGGAAGCCCACAAAUACAAGAGCACCCUGAAUUGUGCCUACCAGAUCCUUAAAAACGAGGGCCCCACGGCGUUCUACAAAGGGACCAUUCCACGUCUCGGCCGGGUUUGUCUGGAUGUGGCCAUUGUGUUUGUGAUUUACGAAGAAGUGGUAAAACUUCUCAACAAGGUCUGGAAAACCAUGUGAUGGGUCUUGGCCUAAGAGGAUCCAGGAAGGCUGAUGGAUU